AUGCGUGUCAAAGUGCAUUUAAACUGUCCGAACAGUAUUUUAUCGACAACAUUACAAAAUACAUUGCCAUCAGUAAUAGCUAAAGAGAUUAAGAAACGACGAAUACUGGUGUUGUGUGCAAUUAUGCGAAAAUUGCAAAAAAAUGAAAAGAGACCGUACAGGAAGAAGCAAUACUGGGUAGCACCAUAUCUAAAGGAUCGUCCAGAGCACAGUUUUUAUUAUGUGUCAAUUCCUAAACUGACCAUAGAGAAUGGAGUACGAUUCCACAAUUAUUUCCGAAUGUCCGCAACACAAUUUGAGGAAUUGUUAUCUAUUGUUGGACCGCUAUUGAUAAAAGAAAAUGUUAUUCGAGAGCCCAUACAACCGAAAGAACGUUUGAUAAUAACAUUAAGGUAUCUUGCUUCUGGCGAUUCAAUGACGUCAAUGUCAUACCAGUAUCUAGUUGGGGUAACAACAGUUUGUAAUAUUAUUCGAGAGACAUGCGAAGCAAUUUGGAGCAAUUUGUGUCCUUUGGUUUUAUCAUCAGUAUUGUCGGAAGGAGACUGGCUCGAAAUUGCAAAUGAUUUUGAAGAAUUGUCCAAUUUCAUUCACUGCAUUGGUGCUAUCGAUGGAAAACAUGUAACAAUUCAAUGUCCCAACAAUGCUGGUUCAACGUACUACAACUACAAGCAUGCUCAUAGUGUAGUAUUAAUGGCCAUUUGUGAUGCACGCCUAUAUAUUUCGUUUUGUUGA